AUGGCGGUUGAUGAGAUGAUGGGCAUAGGCGCUGAAGGGGUCACAGAAGAGGAGGGAACCCCUUCUGCGCCUAUUGCCAUACCUAUUGAUGUCGACAAUGACUAUGUUGCGAUUUCAUCUGAACCUCCUAAUCCUCUGCACACGGGCUCGAGGUCCUCACCGCGAGUGAAGACCGAAGAAACCGCCUCACGGAAACCGUCCCUGGCUGAGCGUAUCAUGGAUGAUACAGCUGCUCAGGUCAUCGAAACGCGUUCUGGCUCUGUUCCGGAUGCUCCGGAGGCAGGGAUCACUGCCGCGAUCUCUACCUCGUUGAUGGACCUGAACAUGAUAAGACAGCUGCUCAAACCGAUACUCAUGAUGAACGUUCGACGAAGGGCUCCGAAAUAUCACGGAGGUAGUGAUAUUUCGUCCAUGACAGAUUCUAUCACGGGGGUGAUUGGACAUCCGGGGCAGGUGAAGCAGGAGAACGAUGAUAGGAGCUUGGGCGAUAUCACGCAGAACGCGAUAUCCACCCUUGAAGCUCACGUACGUGCUGAAGAGGAACUCGAAACGGAAAGGAAGGUCGAGAUGGCAUUGACGGACGAAGCGAUCCUGGAAUUGGCGAAGCAGGCGAGAUCGGUACACGAGCAGGUUCAACAGAAGGAUCGUCGUAGCUCGAGUGCUAACGCAACGACUCCACUCGGUCCUGCAGUGGACAUUCAGAAACAUGCAACCCCAAUCCUAGAUCGCAGAGCUCAAAGGGAGAGACGGGAAAGCUUCGUCGACAGUGAUCUGGAGCUUGAGGGAUUGACACCGAAUGGCAGAGGAGCUGGGGACCGAGCAGUCGAGCAGGGGAGGAGACGUUCGGAAAAUAAUGCUCCGGACGAUGACGCGAGGAACGGGGCGGCAGUCGAGGAUUGGGACUGGGAUCGAGCUAUGGGGAGGGACAAGCAUGAGCGUCGAGGCAGAGACACGUGGAGAGGACGUGGUCAAGGAGGACAACGCGGAAGGGACGACCAAGACAUUCAGCAUUCAACUCGUCACGACUACUUCCCAUCAUCAGGGAAUGGAGAUAUUCCAAUGUCCCCGCCCUCCAGACUCUCGAGAACUGACGGGCACCGACCUUCCAAAGACAACACAUAUCAUCGACCCCGACGACACUCAACUUCACCCCCUCUUCGACGUGCUCGCGUUCAACUGAGUCCCAUUGUAAAUGGCAAACGGCAACGUGACCGUGACGAGGACGAGGACGAUUAUCCUGCAUAUGAUGGAUGGAAGCGUCGUAGGUACAGUCCCCGCGCACGGAGCCACGAUCGCACGGAAAGUCAUCGUCAUGGCUAUGGUGACCGGAUGGGAAGCCCUGCACUUUCGGAGGACUAUGAUCGACGCGAUUAUGGCAUGCCAGACCGUGGUUCAUCAGAUUAUAAAAGUGAACUGGGAGCAGAUGGGCUGUAUAAACACAAACAGUGGGUACGGGUCCCAGACGCCCCCACUUGCGACUCUUCCGCCCCUCCAACUCGUCAGAUAAACCACACAUCGAGGUAUUCUGUUGACAACGAUAAAGCUCCAUCUGGUUGGAAUAUGGUUGGUGACCUUGUCACCAGGACCCCAGGGUCCGUUGUUCAGGGCGAUACUCAGAAGGAUUUGGACACACCACAAGAGCGUUCCUCAGAUCGUGGCAGUCCCCUUCCACCUGGACUGCACGCCACAAAAUCGCCUCCAAAGGCCCCAAGAGCACAUCAGGAUGUCAAGAUAGCCGCCGCGGAUCGUUUUCUUGCCUCCAUGCAACUCGACCUCGGACCAUCGGUUUCGUUCCUUUCGUUGAAAUCUGCUUCCUCGUCUGCCCUCACGUCGACACCUGCUCCUAUAGCUCCACUGUCACCUGCCACUGGUCUUGCUGGAGCUGUGAGUGGAGGUAUCGCGGAUACUAAUGCAACUGGUUCUCUAGCUGUUGAAACACCUGCAGACUCAAUUGAGCAGUCGCAGCACGUAGAGUCGUCUCCUCCAGUCAUGCAUGAUUCCCGAAACUGCGAUAGCAAUAACAAACAAACUUCCGCAGCCCGUGCUUCGCCUUCACAUCGUGCUUCUCAGCAGCUUUCCAGUACACUAUCCACCCUUUCUCUAACUGACGAGCGGACCGAAAAUCGACUCGACACCAGCAUGUCUACACGUGGCAAUAGCGGCGCCACAGAAGCUCGGGAUUCUAAUCUCCACGCCUACAAGCGCCCAUACACGCAAUUAAGGUUCCCCUCCCAGCCGCAUCAGGUCCCAAGUAGCCCACCUCAUAGUAUUGGAAGCACAGGAGUUGUGAAUCGAAGAUCGGAAUCGGACCCUCGAGAUCCUGCCAUUCCCGUGGAUAAAGCCUUCGCGAACGAAGCACUGCCAUCUACAGCUGUAACAUCACUUUCGAAGGUCGACAAUACCGAGGCUGCGUAUCUUCGAGAAUCGAGCUCUGCGAGUAGACGCUCCGAACACGAUCGCGAGGCACAAGACAGAGCAGCAUAUUGUCAAAACAUCCUGGAUCGGGAGCGACUUGGACGCCACCGAAACGAGCAUGCGCGCGGACCAGAGCGUCAAUACCUAGAUCGGGACCAAGGGCGGGAACGCAGAACUGAUCAUCGCGAUACUUGGUUCCGAAAACAGAAUGAUGAACUGACCGCCACAGCAUUUCGAGACAAGGACACAGCUGUAUCAUCAGACCGUGUGGCGCAGGAGUACUUUAAGGCGCGAGACGAACAUGCAAAGCCGCGUCUACAUCCAUCGUCUCCUCAUCCUUCCUCCACGAACACUUUUGGGCCCGACAGCACAAUGGGAAGGCCAACAUUCAUUGACCCUGAUCAUCCGGCUUACUUUACACCACCCCAACCGGUUCAACCUUCCGUCGUCACGCCUCUUCCUCCAGCUCAACCAGCUGAACCAACCAGAGUACCUGGAGUAUGGCUACUGAAGUUCGGGCUUGAGCAUCCUGAUUGUUCGUCAUAUCGUUUUGACGUCGAUCCCGACACCGCCGCUGCUGUCCAUCGUUGGUCUGAACGGCAUACUUCAUACGAGUAA